AUGAGGUCUACGACAAUCCUCCUGUCUGCCGUGUUACUUGCGCUCCUAAGGACGGCGGUGUUGGUUGGCGCGGCGACCAACCCAUCGGACGGUUGGUGCUUUAUGCUAUCCUCUUCUAUUUCUUCUGCCAUUAUUUCCUUCAGUUAUAUGCCUCGUGUUAUAUAUGGCUAAACUCUCUAUCAACCAUGGGAAAAGAUUUAUUACAUUAUAUAACAUGGUCAAAUGAACUGGCCAUUUCUUUCAAAGAAGUUAUUUGAUCAUUAGAUACUUUAUAAAGCAGCACUGAUCGGUGCUACCACUUGCAGUUCAAGUCCUCCAAGUCCUCUAUGGAUCACUGAACAGACCUUAUCAGCUAUCUGGAUGGAAGUCAAGUGGCGGUGAUCCCUGUGGAGAAUCAUGGAAGGGGAUCUCUUGCUCUGGCUCAUCAGUUGUUUCUAUGUAAAGAAGAGGAUCCCUUGACACCCGCUACAGUUAUUGCGCAAUUUUGUUCCAUUGCUUAAUAAUUACCUCUGCAACCUUAACAGUCAAAACCCUGGCCUCGGGCUUGAUGGAUCCUUGGGUUACCAACUUGCAAACCUAUUAUCUUUGAGAACACUGUGAGAAUGUCCCCUUGCCUUUUUUUUACCAAAUAUUGUGCUCAUCUCCGUCUCUUCUAUGAUUGUGUUUACUUCAUUACUUCUUUUCUCUGUUUUAAGGGAUCUUAGCGACAACUACAUACACGAUGCAAUCCCGUAUCAACUACCUCCGAAUCUUACCUACCUGUAAAUUUCAUUCCCCUUCUGCGUCCCUUUAUCUAUUAUUUUUUAGGCGGCCCCUGAUUUUUGAACACAGGAAUCUUGCAAACAAUAGAUUGACUGGCAACGUUCCCUACUCGAUUUCUACCAUGGUGUUCCUCAAUUAUCUGUAAGUGCUCGUUUGGAUGUAAUUUUUUUUGUCCUUUUUCGACAAAGUGGCACCUUAAAUUCAGUGGAAUGUCAUAGUAGAAAGCCCUUGGUUGCAGGAAUGCUAGCAGCAACUCACUCUCUGAAGCAAUUGGGGAUGUUUUUUUGAAGCUCCAAGAUCUAUCUGUUCUGUAAGCACCUUUACUUUUCGAGUAUACUUUGCAUUGAUUUUGUCUCAGGCCAUUCUGUUACCGGACUAUGAAGGACACCAAAUUGGGGUGGAGGGGGGGGGCAACUAAUUUAUGGGGUUGAUUAACCUCAACAUGGCUGAUUCUAGGGAUAUUGGCUUCAGUUUUCUGCAUUAUCUGACCUAAUAUCGCUUAUACCGUCUGGUUUUACUUGUAAUUCUGCAUUUGAUCUCACCACCUGCUGGUGUAUCUGAAUAAAUAAGAAGGAAAUUGUGGAGGAAGAAAAAACACGAAAGGGAAACGAUUUAUCUAGUGAUGUUGCCAAUGUUGUAGUAACUGCGGUUGAUCACCAUGGCAUCAUUUCUUCCAUGCUGCUAGUUGCCUCUUGUCUAGGCAGCUGCAAUGUGGCGGCUAUCAUCCUGCCACCUUCAUCCCAAUCCAUCCUGCAAGUGGAGCUUGGGAAUUCUGAUUCAUUUGUCUGUAUGCUGCCAAAAUUCUGAUGCAUUUUGUAAAAUUUUCAAAUGGAGUACUUUCAAAAAUAACUUUCAGUAUUGUAUCCUUUUGAUGUAUCAUUUGUGGGAUGCUCAUGUGGCGUUGGACUUGUCACUGUGACCCGUGGCUUCUUGUUUUGCAUCGGUAGGGUCACAGUUUAUGUCUAAGUUCCAUGUGAUGCAACCAAGCACAUGCAAGUGGUGAACUAUGGUGGCAAUGUGAAGCCUCACUUUUUUUCUGAGAUACCUACGAGAUAUUUGCGUGUAGCUGUAAUGGUUUACCAUCUUCUGCACAAAAAUGUAGUUUUUUGUUGGGGUUAUAGAGCAUGUUAAAAUUUAUAUUUUUCAAGAAUGUUGGGUUCAAGUGAUUUUAAGUUUUUUAGGUGUAUGUCAAUAUUUGAAUGCAAGAUCUACAUAUUUUUAGAUAAGUUGACUAUCUCAGCAUAGCAAAAAUUACAUAGUAAAAGGAGUGUAGUUUUCAUAAAGUUGCAUUUUGGCACUAUGACUUACCUUGCAUACCUUAUUAAAGCAUGCUUAGUGAUAUUUCAGUUUUUUACCCUCACUUGAGCACAUUCGAUUGUACUAUCUUCAAACUUCUAACAAAUGAAGUUAACAUGAGUAACUAUACUCUCAAAUUUCGAUUCUAGUAGAGUUUUCAUGUUACAGAGUUAUGUGGAGACCAAUGUGUUCCUUUGGUUUUCGAUUGUUCACAAUGUACAAAUUUACAAGUAUUCUUGAAAAUAUUUCAUCUAACUACAAAGAAAUGUUUUCUAUUAACUGAGAAUAAGUGACCAACACUUACAGUAUAUCAGAGAAUUGCUCGGUUGCAGGAGGUUUUUACAAAGCUAAAGAAUGAAGCAGCGCCUUUUAUUAUUUGCUGUAUGUACCCUUUUUAGUGAAGAGAAUUAUAUGAGCAACGUGUGGAUGAAUACUUGAAUAAAUACAACAGAAACUGCCUCAACAGAAACCAGUAGAAUGUAAUUAUUAUUUGAUGAAUGAGUUUUUUCUAUAGUUAUAACAUUUGUAAUUUUUCCAUGAAUUGGAUCAUUAAUUCCUAUCUAGAUUGGUUCUAGCAUGGGCCAAUCUAACCAGCUUAUCCUAUCCUGGAGUCCAUGAGAGAUGCCUGCUUGAUGAUGGUUUUACCUUGGCUCAUUGGUAUCUUGAGUUAUAAAAAUUCUCACUAGAACCCAGUACUGUUGUCUGAAACUGUCAAACUAAUGAUAGUUUUAAGUGUCAUGAAGUAGGUGUUGACAGCUACAGGACAAGGCUUGGCACCUACAGUACGAAUGUUGACACCUACAGUAAAAAGAUUGACAUCUGUGGAAAUUUUCCGAAGUACUAACAAAAGAAACUGAUAAACUAGCUGUUGGAUGAUUUUUUCUCUAACAGUAGAUUAUUUUUCAUAGGCCACUAAAGACCUACACCACCAACCAAGUAUUUCCCUUGGUAUUCAUUAGAUCACCUCUAAACGAUCAUAUGUUGGUUUCUCAAAUGUUCAAACUGAUGCUUUACACUGUGACAACCCUUGCUUAAUAGCGAUCUAGCACCAGACAAUAAGAAGUAAUAAAAAGACAACAUUCUCCAAGAAUGUUGUUGAAAGCAAAGGCAGUGUAGUUAGCCAUUCAUGAAAGCAUGCUUGAUUCCAUUGACAAUCCAACUACCAUUUUGUGGUUUGUGAGUUUUUUCACGAAAUAUAAUUUCGUAUGACAAUUACAACAUGGAACAAUUACCUCUCCUCUUUGUGGACUACUCUUCUAGCUAAGACGUUCAAGAUAGUUGGCUUAGAAUUUGACACUUGUUAAGUUGCAGCUGAUUUCCUUUGUUUGAUUUUUCCGUUGGGGUCCCAUCAAGUACUUGAACGAGUUUGGGUCUCCAGUGUUGUAAAUAGUUGUUCAAUUUUCUUGUUUGUCUGCUAGUAUUAUCGUAUAAUUUCAGUCUUUGCAGCAGACUAUUCAUUCAACAUGACUUAUUACACUUAACAAGCACAAGGCUGCUACUCGAAACUGGGUGUUUUUCUGUGAAAUGUCUCGUCCAUCACUGAAAUAUGAAAAUGUACUCUGAUUCUAGAUAUAUUCUUGUUUUCCCAAUCAUGCUUAGCGAUGAUGACUAUUGUAGUGUCAGACAAGAAGCCAUCCAUGAGGCUCUUUGUGGGAGGAUUAAUUUUGAAACAGGAAGUUACAAGAUGGAAUGUCAGUAAAUUAAAUUACUUCGUCAUGCACACUUAAACCCUUCCCCACCCUUACAAUCUUCAUAGAGUUUGAUGCUUGGAGUAUUAUGAUGCACGAAUGUGUUUUCCGUUUUUAUUGGGUUGUUUAAUUGAUAGGUAUUUGGGAAAUGUUAUCAAAAUCGGAUGACAUAGCAUUACGUUGAUUCAUAUAUCCCAUGUAUAUCCAUCUCGUGGGGUCAUUUCGUGCUCUUUCAUCUUCUUGAAAAAAUUUGGAGAGUGAAUGAUAUUACUGAUGUAAAUUUCGGUUAUUUCCUCUUCUAAGACGGGCAACUUUCUUCAGUAAUUACUUGUAAGGUCAAAUGUCUAUCACUGGUGCCGUAUGAGCUUCUGUUUUAAGUGUCUGGCACUUGCUUGUGCAGAAGGUUGUGUCAGAGGGAAGAAAAGAUAAAAUGCUUAAGGAGUUCACGCAAAUGAUUAAGUCUGGCACUGUCAUCUUCUCAUCUUUGACCUUGACCCUGUGUAUUAUUGAUCAAUUCUCAAUAGAAGUGUUUUGUGCCACUGCACUUCGAAAUGGUGGUUUACAUAUGUAAACAUCCAUGGAAAGGCUAUACAGUGGAGUCUAAUGUAUUCAUCAUAAAUUCUAACCGAUCAAUCUCCAUUAGAAGUUUUAAGUUGUGCCAUAUUAAUAUUGUAGAUCAGGCACAUACAUAGUCCUGAUUUAUGAGUUGUGCCAUAAAUAAUCUUUACUGAAGGCUCCUAAUUCCUUGUUUGUUACCUGCUCUGAUUGCCCUUGAUAAUUUUCUGAUUGAUCAUAAUCUACCCACAUACUGCAGAGUAUUCAUUCAGACAUAAGAUUUAUCAAAGAAAAUGCCGUAGGCCUUUGAUGGUGCCCAUGGAACUAGUUAUGCAUAAACUUUGCUCCGUUGGCCCUGGUACUUCUGAUUUAUUCACUUAUUCAUAUUUAGCAACUUGCUGGAUUUCAUUCCCAUAGUGUGAAGUAUUUUUCAUAUCAUUUUCAUGCAAUACAUGUAGAUGUGGAAAGUGGUUUUAAUUUAUGGAAAUCGUCUAUUAUUUUCUAACAGGGACCUCUCUUUCAACAACUUGACUGGUGUGCUGCCAAAUUCUUUUAGUUCCUUGUUGAACCUAUCCAGCCUGUAAGUUCACUAUGGUCAAACUCUUCUGAUCUGUAACUCCAAUGUAGAGAGAUUUUCUCAUCUUUUUGACGAAUUAUUGAAUGAAUCCUGAUGCACUACUUUCACAGUUAUUUGCAGGACAAUCAAUUGACUGGGCCAGUCGAUGUUCUCUCAAAUCUUGAAAUAGAGAAUUUGUGUGUAACAUUUUUCUCAUCUUUUCAUUUAUCCGUAUCAACUUCCUUUGUUUUUGAUUACUUGAUACCCCCUAACAGGAAUAUUGCAAACAACCAUUUUACUGGUUGGAUUCCUCGUGAAUUUAGUGGAAUACCUAACCUCAGGUUGGCAGUUUUUGUUGUUCAUUAGUCUUUUGUGUUAUCCAUGACAACGGAUUUGACUUACAUUUCUAUCUUGACAGAAUUGAAGGCAACCCUUUCAACAAUAGCCCUGCUCCUCCACCACCCCCUUAUAUAUCCCCCCCACCUGACAAGUCAAAUAGUACUCAUAACCAAAAUCGGUAUCCCAAAAUUUCUACAAUUGAACCUGAAGGCCCUACUCCGAACACAAAAAAUAAUAAAAGCUCAAUGGUGGGACCAAUAAUGGGCAUAGUAGUCGGUUCUGCAUUUGUUGGCCUUUGUGCAACUGUUGCUGUUUUCUUUUGUCUUUGGAACUAUUCCAAGGGCAAAGGUGCUGUGAAUAAUAACUUGAAGGACUCCCCAGCUCUCGUACUUGGAACGGACAAAGGUUAUUCUUUUUCUUUGUCAUUGUUUUGAAUGUUUUUAUACUUUUCUUUGAUUGGGGAAGAUUUGAAGUUUACCCUCUUUCUAGAGUGGAAGCAUGAUGUGGCUAUUUUUUAUGGACUCUUAUAUGCACAAAAUACACAAUAUGAAUGGAUUCUUAUGAUGCUGUUGUUGAUGCGAUUUAUAGUUGUUAGUGGUUUUAUACCGUCGCAUCUGUUUGAAUAUUCAUUUUCUGUAUUCUUUUUAUUUGUGAAUUACUUUUUCCAGCUAUUGCUAUCUGAGAAGCUGAUGAUUUCUUUUUCUUGUUGUCUUUUGUUGUUGAAUGAUGUUGACAUCUUGUAUAUUUAAUUAAAUUUUUAGUAUUGGCACGUUUACUUUUUGUUCCUUUUUCAUUGUAUGACUAUUCUAAAGUGUUAUAAUAUUGGUUUUUCAACGUGGCUAAUUUUUAUUUCUUUUUUAUAUGAUGAAAUUAUUAGUAGACCUGUUUUGAUGAAAUUUCUCAAUAAAUCUACUUAUCAGAAAGGUAAUCAAUAUUCAUUAACUGUAGAUCUUUCUUCUGUUGAUCUAUUUAAGUUAAUGUGAGAUUAUGAAUCAGACCCUGAGUGGUGUAAGAUGAAUCUCUUGGAGUUAAAUGUGAAGCUCGGAUACCUUUAAGCUGUUACUAGCGAUGAAACACAAUUUAGGGUACGUUUUUUAGGAGUCCUUCCUUCUGCCACUGAUCUGACCUCUGUCAGGGCGUUACUCUGAGACCCUCCUGACCCUGCUUCAGUCUCACUUCGAACGGGACUGCAGCUUAUUUCAGCUACAAGCAGUAGUGGUAAUAAGUUGCCAUUUUGUAACUUACAUCUACUGCCCAUGAACCGGUCAGUUGGCCCCUUCCCCCCUCUCCUCAUCUCUGCCAAAUAUCCUCAGUAGAUCCUUCAUCUCACUAGCUGUGAGAAAGUCUUAUACUUGCUUCUUGUUAGACUUUCUUUCAUUUCAACGACACUAAUGCGUUACUUCCAGUGAACAUCUAAAUUUACAUUUAAUCCAAACUCACCUGUACCCAUCCUCCAAGUUAGCAUCUUACCAUCCCAAUAACUAAUCAGUUGGCGUUCAUUAGCUUGCUGCAAAAGCAAAAAGCGGAAAAAUAAAGAAUGUCACAGUUUAAAGUAUGCAACCCAUUUAAUCACCAUCCAUUUCAAACAGAAAUUAUGGCACGCUAUAGAUCACGAUCCAUUUACUAUGGAUCCCUGUGUAAACUAUAGAUGCCCCUUGCACCUCUAUAUGACUUUCUAUGAUUACUAUAAUUUACUUGAGAGUCGAAGCAAGUGUUCUUGUAGAGUAAGUAGAAUGGUUACUUUUAUUCUAAUUUUAGGUCUUGUGAAAAUAGUGAUGACUUAAUCUGUGCACUUGGAUUAUAAUAUUUUUUGUGAAUUCAAACAUUUUGUGGGAAAUGAUGUACAAUUAGGAGUUCGGCUCUUAGUUGGCCCAUUUCCUUGCUUGUUGGUUCAUUUCCUAUUUUUUUGAUUUCUAUGUUCUUUGGUAGUUUCCUAGCUUGUUUUGUGGCCUUGGUACUUAUUUAUAACAGUCAUCUAUGAAUUUUUCCUCUACGUAUCUUCCUAGAGUUUGUGCCACUAUUCACAACAUGGUAUCAAAGCCAGUUUUUAGUCUUUGGCUUCCAAAUAAUCUAGGGUUUGCUUCGUUCUAUUGUAGCCUAGGAGUCAAAGGGUUGCUUAGUUUAUGAAAACCAGGAGAAUCUCGUCAUUCUAACACUCAACCAUCGGGGAGAAGAACUAACAACGGAAUCAAAGGCAGAAAGCCAUAUCUAUGCUUGGUUCAUACCUUUUUUAUCCUCCUCUUUUGCAUUGAAUGUCACAGAGCAACGUAGGGUUGUCAUUGAUUGCAUUUUCAUCAAUCACAGAUGACUGAUAUUCUCUACGGUUGUUUACGAAAUCUUUUUUUGAUCAUCCACCUUCAUUGUCAAUGCUUUCAGCCUUGCCUACUUACAUCAAGGCUAUUUUGCCAACAAUGCCAGCAAUCCUUACACUGCAAGUAGCUGUCAGUUUUCUACAGAUAUCAGAAAUUUUAGGAUGACUGCUACAACACAAUCUGGGGAAUUGCCAGGCAUUUAAGCUGAAUAUAGACUGAAUGAAUUUUUUUUUCCUUAGGUGGUCACAAUUUGUUCUCACUGUUGAAAGAAAAAAAAGGAAAACCAGCCAUCUCACAAGUACAAGACCAAAACCAAGGAAUCUUCACGUUGAAGGAUGGGAUGAAGAAUAUGGCAUGGCUAUGGAAUUCUGACUUUUGAGAUUAGUGACAUAUGUAUAUUCCUAGCUACGGCCAAAGAUAUCUAAGAUGCAAUCCAGUAGUCAUAUUUUAAAGCUAGAGAUGCAUCUCAAGAUUGUAAAUAACUGUGAAGACAAUGAGGAUAAAACAGGGGAGCAAAAGAGUUACAGAAUAUGCUUGAACCACGAGGUAUGGACAACUUGGCAAUAGUGGUGGCAUAUUAAUGAGGACGUUUUGCAUAUUAAUGAGGUGGUGGCACUGAUUCAUCGAGGUGGAAGCUUAAUACUUGAACCACAAGGCAUGAAGAGCUUGGCAGUGGUGGCAAGAGCUGGGAAUAAUUCAGGCAGAAAUGUAGAGAGAGCACAAGUUGAUGAGAGUGGAAAACCUAAAGUAAAGGCCUAUAAUCAUGACCAUACUAAUACCAUGAAAUGUAUAUAUUGUAAGAAGUCACAUCAUACAUGUGAAUGGUGUUGGAUGCUCCAUGUGAAUGUUAGGAUCAUAACAGAUUUCCUAGGUUAGUUAAUAUUAAUUUUUGGCCUAUAAAUAGUCCCCCCCCACCUUGUAGCCUUAGAGGAAUGAACAUUUUCACCAAUUUAUUUUGAGUUCCUUUCCUCACUGGAGGUUCUCCAUCUCAACUAGUGGUUUUCAACAUCCCUGUGGACUCAGGGAGCUAUUUCUAAUCCUGUGGACUCUAGAUCAACCCCUUGUGGACUCAAGGGACAAGGUUUCUUCACCUUGUGGACUCAGGGUGAAAGAUCUUCAUGGAAAUCAAGUCUUUUGUGAAUUCAAGAAUGAGAUUUCGACUCUGUGGAACUCAGGCUGCAUCAACUCGAUCAAAUCAUCCAUCAAGCAACAUUUCUGCUGUGUCAGUCUUCCCAUUACAAUGAGAAAAGAGACUAGAGAAUGCACAAGACAAACCUAUAGAAAGUCAAGGAAAUCGCUCUUUGUUUAUUAAACACUCAUCUUCAUGUAACCAUCACUCUUGGUAUGUGUUGAUGAAAUAAUAGUGAUUGGAAAUGAGUUUAAAGAGAGAAUAUAAGUCAGUGUUUGGCUAAGGAGUUUAUGAUAAAAAACAUUAGGGGGGCUGAAAUAUUUUCUCAAGAUUGAAGUAGCUCGACUUGAGACAUUUGGCAUCUUCAUCUCCCCAAAGAUUUAUGUUACAUAUCUUCUUAGAGAAACAUACAAGAGCACAUGCAAACCCACUGCUCCAAUGGAUCAGAAUCUCAAACUUGGAAAUGUAGAGGAUGCUGCAGUAGGUAAGGAAAUGUAUCAGUGUUUGGUAGGAAGACUCAUUUAUCUGUCUCAUACACAACUAGAUAUAGCAUAUGAAGUCUGUGCGAUUAGCCACUUCAUGCAUAGUUGAAAGAAGAUCCAUCUGCAAUACACAACUAGAUAAAGCAUAUGAAGUCUGUGUGAUUAGCCGCUUCAUGCGUAGUUGAAAGAAAAUCCAUCUACUGGCAGCUCACUAAGUGCCAUAUUAUCUCAAAGGGACACCAAGAAAAAAUAUUUCUGUCCAGAAAAAUGGAGGAUUGCUACUUGAGGCACACACAUAUCCAAAUUAUGCAAGGUCAGUGGUUGAUGGGAGAUCAACUAGUGGAUAUUGCACCUUUCUUUGUGGCAGUCUUGUGAUGUAGACAAGUAAGAAACAUAAUGCGGUAGUAUGGUAAAUUGCAGAGAGUAAAUUCCGACGAAUGACUCAAGGUUUGUGUGAGAACUUCUUUGGUUGAAGAUUAUCUUCGAAAACUUGAAGAUUAAGUGGGAUAGCCCAAUGAGACUAUUGUCACAGCAAGUCUGCAAUUAGCAUAGCUCACAACCCAGUGUAACUGGAUUGAAUGAAACAUAUGAAGAUUGACAGACACUUGCAGACGUACCAAGGAAUUAAGUAGUCAUAUAUUUCAGACUCUUUUAUCCAAGGUGGGAAUGAAGCUUGAGGGGGGAGUAUGGAAAGAACAUGUAAUGAGGAGUUUGGUUCUUAGUUGGAAUGUUUCCUAGUUUGUUGGUUCGUUUCAUAAUUUGUCUAUUUACUAGUUUUUUUGUAAGUUUCCUUGUUUCGUGGCCCUGGUACUUGUAUAUAACAGUUAUCUGUGACGUGAACACGAGUUGAUUUUUUUCCCUGCAUAUGAGGCCUCAUAGGGUGCCACUGUUCAUGACACAUUUCGAUGUAUUUGUAUCCAUAGGCUUGCCACACAUCAUGAUACCAAAAAACCCACAUUUGCAUUACAUAUCGUUAGCAAGUUUAUGUUCAAUUCUGUUCAAUUCUUUACAUUUUCAUCUAACCAUUAAUGAUAACUACGACUGUCCACUACCAAAACCUAGGUGUUGUCUGUUUUCAUUGCAAAUGGUGAAAUUAUGAAUCCUUCAAUUUUCAGAUAUCUACUUUUGUUCACACUGUGCUCUAGGUGAACGUUUUAAUUCUUUCAAAGAUUCUUCUUAAAACAUUAAUAAUCAUCACUCAUGGAUCUGUGUUCUGUUUCAUUAUGAUUUAAUUACAUCAACGUCAUGGAUUUAUUAUUUUACACUUUCAUUACAAGGGAUGACUUCCCCAAUGAGCACCUUAUAAGCAAAAUUUUAACUUCUUAGAUGGAUGGUAUCAGUUUUCCAAUUACAAUUUAUUGUAUCGCAUGUGCCAACAGAAUGGAGCAAUCGAACAAGGGAUCCAUUAUUCUCUAAACCUCAAUCAAGCUCUCCAUACCAGAGAGAAGGUAUUGAUAAGUUUAGUGCUGAUGUGGUUUCAUUUGAAUAUAUUUAAAGAAUUGAUCACGGAGUAUUCGUGAUUCUCAUGUCUAAUUAUUAUCUUGCAUUUUUUUUUGGACUUGUGAUUUAUCAUUCAUUGUUAUUUAUGCUGCUUGUUUUCAUUUUAUUAGUUCCUAAUUUCUUCCUUUCUUCAGAAAGGCUAUGAGGAGGUUAUUAUCGUGUCUUUAAGGUUGCCUAAACACUAAUAUAGAAACAAAUUAUAACCUGAAAACUGGAUACAAAUCGGACAGUUUCGUACUCAUACACUUCAGCCAAUAGAGAAGGUAUGCCUAGACUUCGGACUUAAAAGUAAUCUGUAUCUAGACCAAGAUCUUUUGCCAGAUCAGGGCAGCCUCCUGAGCAGGUUCAAUCCUCAUGAGUCAGAAUUGCAUUUUAAGACCUGAUCAAUGUCAACCUAAUCCUUGGGCAGCGUCUUUCUUCCGAAACAAAGGAAGAGUAGUCCCUCUUUGAACACCAUAGAAUCACCUGGGAGUCUACUGAUUUGUCGGUUGGUUGAUUCUCAAAGAUUCAGGUCGGUAGAUGUCUAAAGGAUAAUGCCUUUGAAUUCUUAACUGUUGUUUGCUAUUGUUUUUAUAAUUUUUUUUUUUAUGAUUUAUCAAUUUGUAGAGUUGAAAUCUUUCAUGAGACUGAAGUAGUAAAGUAAAGAAUAUACUGUCUAUAAUUGUCCACGAAAAGAAAGUAUACCACUCUAUGGAGUGAACGAGGAUAAUUGUGAAAAUACCAUUGAAUAUAGUUAGCCAAUGCUACGUUUAAAAUCAUUAAGUUAAAUCUAUCUUUUCAAUAGAGUGCCAUCUCAACUCCACUAGAUAAGAUCUUUGUACGUGUCUCCAUAUACAUGUCAUCUUCUCAACAAAUGCGGGAAAGUCUGUGGCUCUAGAAUGUAUGCAAUCAACCACGAAAACUAUUUUGAAUGCUUCUUUAAGUUUUGUUUCCAAAGUUUCUAUGCCUUGACAUGAUGCUUCAGGUGGUGGUAGGUUGACAGUGUUUUCCUCUUUUGGGAGUAAGAGUUCGUCGUCCUAAAGGUAUUAGAUUCAGUGGGCACCACUUCUCAGUUUUAAAGGAGAAAACAGUUGGUACCACUCACCAAAUGACCAGAAUAUGUUUCACCAGACUUAAUGAGCUCUGGUUAGUUGCUGGUCAGUGCUUUUCUGCUUCAGUGUGAGUUGUGCCUGCACAUUUCUCUGGGAAAUCUCCCAGGCCCCUUUCUGGAACCUUUUAACUAACAUACAGAGUCUUUAUCUUAAUCAUCAUCUCAUCCUGCAAUUCACAAUAGUGGAAUUAGUUUUCCUAGGUUUGAAUAGCAAAAAGUGACGAGUUUGAGAAAUAUUUGCCUAUUAUUUCUCCUAGCAUCUCCAUGAGUUUACUCUUUCCUUGGAAACCACAGGUUUUUGUCUUUGUCAUGCUUAAAUAUCUGGGAUAAAUAUUUUGAGACAAUUUUUCCCCUCUGGAUAGUUUCUACAUGUCAGGGCCUUUUCCCGCAUUUCUUCAUUUCUUGACCUAGUGGUCAAUCCACUAUUAUCUAAUUCAUUGGGCUCUAUAACGGGGCGUAUGUUUAAUUAUAUUGGUAUUCAAGCGUCCCGUUUUCCAGUCAAUGAGUUUCUAGUGUUUCAUUCUCUUCACACUCAAUAUUUUCUCUUGUUUGCUUCACAUCUUUCCAUUGUUGUUUACAUUGCUUGCCACAUAGACGAGCAUGAUAUUGCAGAAUGGUCAUUCUCGUGUUGAUGAGGUAGAUUUAAAACUUUAAAUCAUCGAGAGAUCAAUGUCAUGAAACCUUUUGUGAAGCAAAUACUUUGAUUAUAUGCAGAAAUGAAGUGAUUUACAAGCAAUAAAGUUCGUAGAAAUAACACAAAAAAAACCAAUUAAAUACUUUUAUUUUAGAUGUUUUUGUAUUUUUAAUUUCUAAUGUAUGAAGUAUUUUCAAGAAUCAAUCUGUUUAGUUUUCCUUGCUUAAAUUAUUUAUUUACUCGAAUGUUUCUUUGAGUUGCUGGUCUUGGAUAUAAAUGGUCAUAAAAAAAUUAUGUAAAAUUAUAUCCUAAUCAUUAUCACUGGUGUUUUGCAAAAUUAUUAAGGUUACUCCCUACAUAAUAGGGGUUAGAGGUAAAUGAAUCUUGAGACGGUUUCUGCUGUUCUCCCCUAUGUCCUUUGUGACAAGGUUUUAUUUCUCCAUUUCAACAUGAUAUAAGAGUGGGUUCAUUUCGAGCAGGUUUUCUUUCUACCAUUCAGAACGGUUCUACUUUUGUCAGUUCUCUAGUCUAGGAAAACAAGUCCAUUGUCACCUCCUCUUCUGGUGAGGUCCUUUGCCAGAGAGGCAGUUCUACUACCAGAGAGCACUGAUCUUGUUCUGACUCAUUUCUUAUACCGUGAUCUUCAUUUUUCAUUUGAUAGUAUAUCUGAGUUCAUCAGCAGCAGGUUUGUCAAUGACAUCUUUAAGUUCAUUAACGUCAUUUCUGUCUACAUCAAAUCUUCUAUCUAGAGGCUGAAAUAUCUAGGUCUAUUACUGUUGUUUCCAUCUUUAUCAACGUUUUAUGAGAGGUAAAAUCAACCUCUCUUACUUGCCCUUGUCUUAGUCUAGUGUCAUCUUCUGCAGUCUGUCUCCCUCUGUUCUGCAUCAGUCUUAUGUCUUCCUUAAUAGGGUGACCAAAGUUCUCCAUAGUCCAUGUCUGGUGCUGUCUGCUCACCUCUGACUUCGUCGGAAUGGCUGUCACCAUCGAGUUUGUCUGCGAGUUCAUUUGUCUUGAUCUCACUCAAUCGAUGGGAGGGGUGUUGGUCCACGUUUCUCUUAAGAACUGAGCCCCAUCAUCACAUCGAUCGUCAUAGUUGAUAGUCUUUGCAUCAGAGCUUGGUACUAUAAAGAUCUCCAAGCAGAGGGAUACUCUCUGUAUACUUGGUGCCACCCUGUCAACUAUACCUCGUGACUCCAAGGCAAGCUCUGCAGCCUUGGGACAUAGUGAGCAUCAUGAUCAAGUACAUGUGUUUGGUGUUAUCAUAUCCAUAGUGAGUUGUCCCUGGGGGAUGACAAGCAUCAGAGAAGCCGAAGGUGCUGCAAGUCUACAACCUCAGCGGUGGUCAUUUUUGACUACCAUCAAAGGGAGAGCUGCUGCCUCAGCGGAUCUUCAUCAUCACUAACAAGUAAAUGCUUAGAGGGCAAGUUUCGUCAUCAGCAACUUAGUCAAGAUAAACUUUUCCAAAGUUCAUCUUGAGGGGGAGUGUUGGAAAUUCUAGGUCGUAAGAAAAUUAUGUAAAAGAUUGAGAAUGUUUUGCAAAAUUGUGUAAGGUUCCUCCCUAUAUAAUGGGCGUCAGAGGUGAAUGAAUCUUGAGGUGGUUUCUGCCAUUUCAACAGAUAUUGACUUUGAUUCCUUCUACAGCCUCCUUGUCUAUGAUAAUACAUGUCCCAUUUACAAAAUGAUUUUUUUCCAUUUGGCCAACCAUUUCUUUCUAUGAUGACUGAGGUCAUGGCAGCUUGAUAUUGAAAUGAAAACUAUUAAUAUCAACUUGAGUAACUAUUAUUUAUUAACAAGACAGAUUAAUGCCCAAAGUUCCAUAGAUAUUGCUAAAAGGUGAGUUGUAGUACUGGCCCAAUUCACUUUCGAUUGGAAAAAUAUGUCAUGCAAACUGCUGUGGUAUUUCAAAGUUCGUCUACCUGGAUUAGUUUCGUCUCAUUGCCUUCAAAUGAAAUUGACAGUAAAAAAACUUAUGUUCUGACUCAGUAAUUGAUUUCUUUUUUUGGAGGUUAGACAUGCACAUUCUUUCUCCAAUCUUGGGCAGUAUGUAUCUCAGUUACCUUCUAAAGACAUUUUCUCUUACUUUUUAGCGACAAGCAAAGGAAUACAGGAGGUUUCCAAAGUUGCUGCAUCUGUAACAAGCCUGAAACCACCAAUAACUGAAAAGGCAGUUGAUGAUAAGUUAUUUGGGAAGAAUGGCUCUUCGAAAAGACAAAGGAUGCCUAUUACAGCAAUGUCGUACUCAGUGGCUUCUCUUCAGCUUGCAACAAACAGCUUCAGUCAGGAAUAUCUGGUUGGUGAGGGAUCUCUUGGCCGUGUCUAUAAGGCGGAAAUGGCCAACGGGAAGGUAGAAUAGAAGUUUAACCAGAAAGUAUAUGGUCAUACAUGCUAAUUUGAAGAUUUUAAAAUUUUGAAAAAGUGAUGUUCUGUUUCAAUGUGGAUUUAGAUUUCAAUUGCAGUUUCUUUUGAUGAUUCUUUUAUUAAAUGUUGAUCUAGUCAUCUCUAGAUCCAUUUUUUUUUGCUAACCCGUUUUGAGUUUUAUGUGGUAAUUAAAAUAGAAUCAAUGUUAUUUAUGCCUGGCUGGAGUUUUAGCAUGUAAUAUUUAGAGAAGUGACUCCAAACACUUCUAGAUUUGGCAUACUGAGUUCACAUCCCUCUGUUGCAUUGGAAACUCUGCACAAGGAAGUUUCCAACAUGACAAUAUCAUUAUAAAAUAUUGCACAUGUGUGAGCUCACAUGCUUAAAACUUUUUGAAGCAGAUUAAGGGUAGAAUGGAAGGAACUCUGCAAGCACGAAAAGCCGAUCAAAUCUGUUAAAGGAACAAAGUGGGCAAACAAGAAGAUCUUACUGAGUUUAUGAUGGACCGGAUCUCAAAAGGAACUUUCAUAAAUACAUAUGCGAAAUGUAGGGUCGAGAAUCGCUUAUCACCCAAUCCGCCCGCUACAAGGAACGCUUGGAAACUCCCUGUUGAGAAGGUGUUCUUGAUGUGUGUGCUGAAGGUGGAUGUGAUCUUGGUGUCAAAGAUGGUAUAUCUAUUCUUGACAACUAUCAGGGCAAGGGAUUUAGUAACAUGUGUUUGUGUACGAAAUGAAGUUAUUGAGGAAGAUGAGGGAUGGUGGUGUGAGUAGCUAUCUAGAAGAGGAUGUGCGCCAAUAAAAUAUAAUGGUUAUUGGAAAUGAGGAAUUAUCUCAUGUCACAACACGACAUUAUACAGAAACCAAUUCAAUUAUCUGAUCUGGACCUAAGGUGCUAGACUUGGAAUACUUGAAAUGCCAUCAAACGCCUUUUGUAUUUUGUGGGUAAAUGAAAACUUCAUUACGCCUAUCACUGUGCGAACAUGGAUAAUUUAAACGUGCUGAAUACAUCAUCUUCUGUAAUGGAGGACUACAUCAUUCUAUGGCUUCAUAUGUUAGAUGAGUUAAAGUCUAAGAUGAUCCAGCUGAUUAUGACUGUAUAGGACGUGGUAUAUUCGAAAAGUAGUCUUUAACAUGAAUUUUAAUAUUUAUUUUUGUAUUAGAUUAAAUUUCACUUGUAAGCCAUCAUAUUCGAGGCUAUUUUGGUGAUUCUGUAUUAUUUCAAGUUCCAUAUAAGAUCUGUACGCCUCAAGUAAGGUAAGUUUUAUUUUUUAGAAACACAAGUAUUAAAUAUCAUUAAGAUCCUAUUUUGGCUUUGUAGAUUGCAUUGUAUUAUUUGUGAAAAGGAGAUCUAAAAUUUUCUUGUUUUUUCUUAGUCAGUCAGAUUCUCCGAAUAUAGUUGCUAUUUCAGAAAGUUAGAACCGACAGAGACAAACAUAGGUAGGCCUCAAUUCCAGUUUGGAGAUUGGGAAAUUGAAUUGAAUAUUUUCUCAAUUUACAUCAAGGGCAGAGAGGACUCCAGACUAUUGAGACAGGACCCUCAGGAUAUAUACGAAGUUGAACAGUCAUGGACGAUUGCAAUGAUGAUAAAUACAUCAUCUGAUCGAGAAAGCUGUUAUGGGCAGUGGUAUCUUUAAAGAUGAAGAUAAAGAUAUCCACCCUGUAGAACAAUACCAGCUUGUGAUCUGAUGCAUGCAUCUUCUUGAGGGUGCAAUCUGAUAACACUAACUUGCCCUUUUUGGGCUUUUGUAUUGACUAGAGGAGUUCAGAGUUUUAGCUUAUUAAUUAUUGGGCAUUUGGCAAGCGGGGAGAAAUGAACUUUCUAAAUAGGUUGAAAAGUCUGGCUAUUUCUCAUCCCGGCUGUUUUGGGCUACAGGAUAUAACAAUAGGCGGUUCCAGGAAGCAUUUAGGCUGUUGCGCGACUUCUGAGGCCAGUUUAAAACUAAUGAUGGACUGGGGGGUGAGGCUAACUUUUUAGAUUCAACUAACUCUAUGAUAUUCCAUAGGCUUUUUUAUCUGUCUGGCUUUCCUUAACUCUACUAAUGAACCUGAUUUUGCAUAUUUACAAUCAUUUUUUCGCACUGCUUUGGUACGUUGAUAGAAGUUGCAGAGUCUCUUCUUCAGAUCUCUUGUUCUCCCUUAUCAGCUUUGAUUUCUACUCCUGAACUUAUUGCACUUGAUUUUUUAAAUGAUGUUAAAUGAAUCGUCUUUUUAGGUUCUGGCUGUAAAAAGGAUAGAUAGUGCAGCACUAUCAUUACAGGAGGAAGAUAAUUUUCUUGAAGCUGUUUCUAGCAUGUCUCGGCUUAGGCAUGCAAACACUGUGACGCUGCUUGGCUACUGUGUUGAACAUGGUCAACGACUUUUGGUCCAUGAAUACAUAGGAAAUGGAACUUUGCAUGACAUCUUGCACUUCACAGAUGAUGACAGAAGGCCUCUUACGUGGAAUGGGCGUGUCAAGAUCGCAACUGGCGUUGCUAGGGCUUUGGAGUAAGCACCAAUUCUUGUGAAUCUUUUUCUCGAUGAUUUUUUCUACUUGAAUACUUUAUAAUCAGUUUUUGUCCAGGUAUUUGCAUGAAGUGUGCUUGCCUUCUGUUGCCCAUAGAAACUUGAAGUCAUCAAAUAUUCUGCUUGAUGAUGAACUUAAUCCUUACUUGUCAGACUGUGGGUUAGCUGCCUUAACAUCCAAUACAGAGAGGCAGGUAAAUUCUAUUAACUGGCGAAUCACAGAUGUGGAUUGUUCCAACUUUAAACAUUUUAGAUACCAUUGACGCUUGUUCUGUCAACAGGUUUCUGCCCAGAUGAUAGGUUCAUUUGGCUACAGUGCUCCUGAGUUUGCAAUGUCUGGGAUUUAUAGUAUAAAGAGUGACGUUUACAGCUUUGGAGUGGUGAUGUUAGAAUUGCUGACUGGUCGCAAGGCAUUAGACAGGUCAUCCUUCUUCCCCAGAAAAAUAUCUUGAUUAUCUUUAUGUUACCUUACCCCACAGGGGUUAAUCUUAUUUUGGUUGAAUUCUAUAUUCUUCCCCGUGCUAUUCAGUUCGAGGGUGAGAUCAGAACAGUCCCUUGUCAGAUGGUCUGCUCCCCAGCUCCAUGACAUUGAUGCAUUAGCUAGAAUGGUUGAUCCAGCACUGAGGGGGAUGUAUCCUGUGAAGUCUGUUUCCCGGUUUGCUGAUAUCAUUGCUCUAUGCGUUCAGGUAGUUUUAAUUGCUUUUUGUCUCCUUCCCCCAAAAACGGUCUCUUUUGUGUUUACUGGGGAUAAAUAUUAUUUGUUUUGUCAUUAAUUUAGUGCCAUCUUGUUUGAUUUGACACUGUUUAUGAAUUGGAUUAGAUGAUAAAUAGCUUCAUUUUCUUCUCUAGUGAUUCUACAGACAGAUCUUUUCAUUUAUAAUCUAGUCCUGUAAGAUCUUUUGUAGUUACCUUAUUUUUCCAAAAUUUUCUAUUGCAAGUAAUACUGGGAGGCACCUGCUUAUCUAACCUAGGGAGAUUUGUGGUUGAUAUCUAUGGUUGUAGCCAGAGCCGGAGUUCCGUCCACCAAUGUCUGAAGUAGUUCAAGCAUUGAUUCGGUUAAUGCAAAGGGCGAGCACAAUCAGAAGGCGCUCUACAGAUGAUUUAGGAUUCUCAUACAAGAUCCAGGAGCACUAA